UAAAAAUAAAUAAUGGAUUCUUCAAACGAGAAAUCAGUAUCAUUUUUAAAAGAACAAGGCAAUGCCUGUGUUAAAGACAAUAAAUUUGAAGAGGCAGUGUUACAUUAUUCGCAUGCCAUUAAAAUUGAACCUGAUAAUUAUUCUUUGUACAGCAAUAGAUCGUAUGCAUUCUUAAAAAUACAACAAUAUAGUUUAGCGAUGGAAGAUGCUCUAACUACGAUCAGACUUAAUCAAAACUGGGCGAAGGGAUACUUUCGUAAGGCAGAAGUUGAAUUAGCUACAUUCCGUUAUGAAGACGCUUAUUUAUCAUAUAAACAAGCUUUGGUGCUGCAACCUGAGGAUAAUUAUAUUUCAGAAUGUUUACGAAAAACUGGCAAUAUUAUUAAACGAGAACGAAAGGCUGAUGAACAAAUUCCUUGGGUGGGUGCAGGCGUUGGUUUAAUAUGUGGUGUUGUGAUCGUAAUAGCAGACAUGUUCACUGCCACCCCCACUCUUAAUCAUCCAUUAUUAAUGGUCAUUUUGACAAUGGCUAUAGCAAUGAUAGGUUUUGGAAUUGCAAAAUUAGGCAGAUGGUAUCAACAUUUGCAACGGGAGGAAAUGUAUAAACCAUCAUGUGACUUAUUUCCAGAGACGAACAAAAAGGAUGAAGACCAAUUACCUGACGAAUCUAGUGAACCAAUUGAAAAAAGUCCACGUUAUACAAAAGCUCAAGCACGUCAACGAUUUAAAAAAGGCAAACUUUAGAAAUGACUUUUUUUUUUUUAAUAAAAAAAAUUUCUACCAUAAU